UAUAUGUAUUUAUGGAUAUACAUAUUCCGUAAAUGCAUAUCGAUAGCUAUGUGCGAUGUAGAUCAUCGAUUCAUUAUCUUAUUUUGUAUGCAUCAGCUGCAGGCCGCCCUGCGCCGACGUCAGCGUGAGCGUCAGAAUCGGCAACAUCAUCGGCUACCUGUUGUAGUAUCCGGAGUAAUUGGCAAGUUGACGUUUGACAUCUUUUACCUUAUAUUUGAUCUGGGGAACUGUCAAGAAAACAUGGAAACGUCAAACCAAAAUCUGGAUGUCAGAACUGUUAACAAGGAACAACAAAACAAAACCCCAAGCUAA